UUUUGUCAUUUCGGGGAGAGAGAGAGAGAGAGAGAGGAUGGCGUUGUCUGUGGUAGCAGCUCUCUCAACAAGGGUUCCCCCUUCAGCUUCCUUAUCUCUGCUUACCAGCAGAAGAACAAGCUCCGUUCAUUCCAUCAGGUCCCCAGCCCCUGGUGGGCCCCACCACACCUCCUCCUUCAUCUCCCCCUCCACGUCUCUUUCUUUCCCUUCUUCUUUCUCAGGUUUGUCGUUGAGGGUUGAUUUCAAUUACAGCAUAGUGGUAAAGGAGAGGCGCCAUGUCCUCCAGGUGAGAGCUGGGAAGGCUGCUCUAUGCCUUACAAAAAGGUCUCGGUCUCGGAAGUCACUAGCUCGAACUCAUGGUUUUCGUAGGCGAAUGAGAACGACUGGUGGGAGGGCAGUGUUGAGGCGGAGGAGGGCCAAGGGACGGAAAAUUCUCUGCACGAAGACGAACCCGAACAGUGGGAAACGGGGCUGAUCUGAUCAUCCUUUACUGUUGAGCUUUGAUUUGAAUGGAUUUGUGGUAACAGAUCAUUCCAUGUCUUCUUUUGUAGUAAAUGUUAAUUUGGUUUCAUUUGAAUCUUUCAUCUGUUUGACAAGUUCUCAAAGCUGAACAUUUUGAAUGUUAUGUCA